GAUAUUGCAUGCUCUACAUACAUUGGGGUACUGGCGUGAUACAUUGUUCGGCAGUUUCAUCCUGACCAGCUUUCGGAGUGGUUCAUCCGCGACCAGCAGCAUGAAGUUCAGUGUCGCGACUCUAUUCGCAGGAUUGUCCGUUCUCUCUGUUUUGAAGCAAGUACAAUGCGCCAGAAUUCUCGCGAUCAUCCCGACACCUUCGUACAGUCAUCAAAUUCCAUAUCGACCACUGUGGCUCGAAUUGAACAAACGUGGACAUGACGUCGUCCUAGUAACACCGAACCCAAUCCCAGACUUGAAGCUGGAGAAAUUCACUCAGAUAGAUAUCUCGACAUCUUACAUCGAUAUGAGGCAAAAGUUCAACAUGGUCCAGCAUCGAUUCAAACAAAUGACCUGCUUGGAUUUGAUUCGGGACACUAUGCCUGAACUAAUCGAUACUUUUGCAGAACAUGUGUUUAAUCACACGCAAAUGCGAAAGAUCUACGCGCCUAACAGCGGCCAGAAGUUCGACUUGAUAAUGGUUGAGAUGCUCCUCAUGCCAGCCGUAUAUGCCUUCGCUCAUAGAUUCAACGCGUCUUUAAUAGGGCUUUCGUCACUGGGUAUUCCCGCACACAACGAACACGUCCUCGGUGGGCUAGUGUUACCUUCUCAUGAGACCACAUGGGAAUUGGACGGAAACGCAGGAUCGAACCUGCCAUUCUGGAAGAGACUGCGAAACUUCGUCAACUUGUGGCGUUCCAUAUACUACCACUACCGCGACAUUAUACCCCGUCAGCAGAAAAUAGCUGAAAAGUACCUCGGACCUAAUUUACCAUCGCUGCUCGAGAUACAGAAGAACACAAGCCUCAUUUUCGUCAAUCAGCCAGACGCUAUCGCAGCAGCUCGACCGAAACUCACCAACUUGAUCACGUUUAGUUCAUUCCACGUAAAUCGAAAUCCAACACCAUUGCCAGAGAACUUGAAGCGCUUCGCGGACGAUGCGCCGAAUGGAUUCAUUUACUUCAGUCUCGGUUCCAACGCGAUGAGUUCCGACUUGCCCGAAGAAACGUUACAGGUUUUCCUGGACGUGUUCGCCAAGUUGCCUUACAAAGUCAUGUGGAAAUUCGAGAAGGAAUUCCCAAAGCUACCAAACAACGUCAUGGUUUCGCCAUGGUUCCCUCAGCAGAGCAUCCUUGCACACCCAAACAUCAAGCUCUUCAUAUAUCAAGGAGGUCUACAGAGCACCGAGGAAACUAUUCAUUUCACGGUGCCUGUCGUAGUGUUUCCUGUGGGAGGAGAUCAGGAUUAUCAGGCUAUCAGAAUGGAAGCCGUUGGGGUUGGGAAGCGUUUGGAAAUCGUAACUGUGACACGAGACGAGUUGGAGAAUGCCAUACGAGAAGUCAUAACUAAUAAAAAGUACAAGGAGAAAAUAAUACAACUUAAAAAUGUUGUUAACGACAAACCUUACGAUAUGGUGGAUCACCUUGUUUGGUGGACGGAGUAUACGAUUCGACACAGAGGUGCCUCGCACCUUCGCUCAAAUUUGGCCUGGCAACCCUGGUACCAACGUAACGACAUGGACAUUGUUGUACUCUUUACUAUUGUAGCAUUUAUAAUAGUCUCGACUACGCUCACUUUACUUGCCAAAUUUGCCGUAUGUUUCUGCAGAAGAAUUCAGGCUCCUGACACAUAUCAAAAACAAAAACUUAGUAUUCGUUGGAUUGUCGUAACCAGAUCGCGUAGUGGUGUAUUCGUGAUCAUGAAUUUCGUCAACAUCGCGAUCAUACUUUCGGUUGCGGGUGUUCUAUUGGUCAUCCAACAAGUGCAAUGCGCUAGAAUCCUUGCUAUAAUCCCGACGCCUUCGUACAGUCAUCAAAUCCCGUUCAGACCGUUAUGGAUAGAAUUGAGCAAACGUGGCCACGAAAUAGUGUUCGUCAGCCCUAACCCCAUCCCAGACGUGAACUUGACGAAUUUUGUUUACAUCAACACCUUGUCAUCUAUCAUUAUCGACCAGAAGAUCGACAUCUUCAAGUACCGUUUCGAACAAACUACCUGGAUAGAGUUCGUGCAGGACAGGAUGUCAAAUUUCAGUGAUGUUGUCACACAUGCUGUGUUUAAUAACACGGAAGUGAUGAAACUGUACGCACCUAACAGCGGGGUCAAGUUCGAUUUGGUCAUGGCUGAGAUGCUGCUGACACCAGCAUUAUUCGCUUUCGGGCACAGAUUCAACGCACCCAUUAUAGGGCUCACCUCCCUGGGACUUUAUGGAUUCAACGAAUACAUCCUGGGCGGGGUUGUGUUACCUUCUCACGAGUCUACAUGGGAAAUGGAAGCGAACACAGGAUCAAACCUGCCGUUCUGGAAAAGGCUGCACAACUUCGCGACCCUAUGGCACAGCAUGUACAUUAUUUAUUCCAAAUUCGUACCCCAACAGCAGAAAAUAGCCGAAGAGUACUUGGGAACUCGUUUACCGUCACUGCUCGACAUACAGAGGAACCUGAGUCUCGUGUUUACCAAUCAGGCCGAUGGCCUUGCAGCAGCAAAGCCGAAACUGGCAAACAUGAUCACGUUCACUUCGGCUCACGUCUCAUCAAACCCAAAACCACUGCCAGAAAAAUUAAAACGAUUCGUGGAUGACGCGCACAAUGGAUUCAUCUACUUCAGUCUGGGUAGUAACGUGUUGAGCUCAGAAAUGCCGAAAGAAACCUUGCAGAUAUUCCUCGACGUGUUCGCCAGGUUGCCUUACAAAAUCGUGUGGAAGUAUGAGGAAGAGUUGGCCAUGAAACCGAGCAACGUCUUCAUCUCGCCAUGGUUUACGCAGCAGAGCAUCUUGGCACACCCGAACAUUAAGCUGUUCAUAUAUCAAGGAGGCCUCCAAAGCACCGAGGAAGCAGUGAAAUUCGCAGUGCCUGUUUUAGGAAUUCCGAUGAUAGCGGACCAGACCUAUCAAACAGGCAGAAUGGAAGCUCUUGGCGUCGGAAAGCAUUUAGACAUCACUAGUAUCACGAGGGAUGAGUUGGAAAGUGCCAUCCGUGAGAUUAUAACAGAUAAAUCCUAUAAGAAGAGAAUGAUCGAACUCCAAAAUACCGUCCACGACCAACCAUACGAUUUAGUGAAGAACCUUGUUUGGUGGACGGAAUACGUGAUUCGUCAUAAAGGUGCCCCGCAUCUUCGCUCCAGCCUAGCCUGGCAACCCUGGUACCAACGUAACGACAUGGACAUUGUUAUAUUCUUGACAGUCGUAGCAACUAUAAUAGUUUUGAUAAUACUGAGAUUAAUUGCCAUGUUAGCCAUGUGUUUCUUCAAAGGAAAUCAGUCACUCCCUAGCUAUCGCAAACAAAAGCUUAGUUAAUUAAACAAAUAAUAAUCUACGCAGUUCAAAAUUAACUUUAGCGAAAGGAGGGGUGAACAGUCGAGUGUCUUAAAGUAACUGAUUCAUUAACUAUUUAAUUUAGUCAUCGAAAGUGGUACGUGUUACGUAUUACACGUGGCGGAGAUUACCGUGCAAAUACAUAUAUUACAUUCUCUGGUUUAACAUUAAAAUACCGUUUACAGUAACAGACUGCAAUCAUCAUUGCUAAUAGCUUAUCGUAAAUAUGAAACCAAAAACCAAUUGUUCUAUUGAAAGUCGUGUUAAAUAAAAAAAAAAUAACAUUUCAUCGCGUAUAGAAGAUUAUAAUUUACUGUUGACUGACCAACCUAUUCGUUCAGCAAAGAUAAAGAUAUCAGAAUCAAUGUAUUCAAAAUACCUUAGGCAGCCUUGUUUUUCAAAUGUUCUUAUCAAAGCCUAAAGACCCUACAGGAAGUUUUCAAGGAUUUCAACGACUCAUCCUAGACGAGUUAGUCAUCCAGUACCAAGGGUCAUAGUUACCCCCUCUCAACCCAAGAGGUUUAGAGUAUAAGAUUUAGAAAUCUUACGAAGUGAGCAUUAUUAUUUUCGAGCCUUCUGCGCGACAGUCUAUCGCUUUUUGUUUCCAC